ACGCGCUGACAGGUAGGGGGCGGGGGGGGGGGAUUGGGUAGGGAAGAGGGUGGAGCCGCCAGCGCUGCCCCCUCUGCCGGGGCUGGCAGCUCGGCAGAGUCCUACGCUGUCUGGGAGAUUGACUCCGACUCGGCUCCCGGCCGAGGGCCAGUCCUAGCCCUGGCCCGGCCCCGGCUCCAGCCCCUCCUCAGCCGCGGCUCUCUGUUCUGCAUCCUGGCCUGGGCUGCAGCCUGGACCAUGAGGAGGCAGCCGCAGCUGGUGGCGGCGGCGUCGGGGACAGAUCCGCGGCGUCUCCUGUAGCCUGGCGCCCGGGGUCAGAGAAGGGGCGGCCAAGGGGGGGGCAGUGGCGCCAUGGAGCCCACUUACUCGCUGACGGCCCACUACGACGAGUUCCAGGAGGUCAAGUAUGUGAGCAAGUGCGGCCCCGGGAGCUCGGGGGGCGGCUCCCUGCCGCACGGCUUCCCCCUCCCGAGAGCCACCUCUAGCUCGGGCCGCGGCGCCUCGGGGGCCGGCCUGAGCCGCUGGAACCGGCGCGAGGUGUGUCUGCUGUCGGGGCUGGUGUUCGCUGCCGGCCUGUGCGCCAUCCUCGGGGCCAUGCUGGUCCUCAAGUACCUGGGGCCCGUGGCGGGCGCGGGCGGGGGCGCGGGGGGCGCCUGCUCCGAGGGUUGCCCGGAGCGCAAGGCCUUCGCCCGGGCCGCGCGCUUCCUGGCGGCCAACCUGGACGUCAGCAUCGACCCGUGCCACGACUUCUACUCGUUCGCGUGCGGCGGCUGGCUGCGGCGCCACGGCAUCCCCGAGGACAAGCUCACCUACGGCACGAUCGCCGCCAUCGGCGAGCAGAACGAGGAGCGCCUGCGGCGGCUGCUGGCGCGGCCGGGCGGCGGGCCCGGCGGCUCGGCGCAGCGCAAGGUGCGCGCCUUCUUCCGCUCGUGCCUCGACAUGGCCGAGAUCGAGCGGCUGGGCCCGCGGCCCAUGCUCGAGGUCAUCGACGACUGCGGCGGUUGGGACCUGCGCGGCAGUGGGGGCGGCGGGGCCCAGCGCUGGGACCUUAACCGGCUGUUGUACAAGGCGCAGGGAGUCUACAGCGCCGCCGCACUCUUCUCGCUCACCGUCAGCCUGGACGACAAGAACUCCUCGCGCUACGUCAUCCGCAUUGACCAGGAUGGGCUGACACUGCCCGAGAGAACCCUUUACUUGGCCCAGGAUGAAGAGAGUGAGAAGAUCCUGGCCGCCUAUCGGGUGUUCAUGGAGCGGCUGCUGAGCCUGCUGGGGGCCGAAUCCGUGGAGCAGAAGGCCUUGGAGAUUCUGCAGCUGGAGCAGAGGCUGGCCAACAUAACUGUGUCUGAGUACGACGACCUGCGCCGAGACAUCAGUUCCAUGUACAACAAGGUGACCCUGGGACAGCUUCAGCAGAUCACCCCUCAUCUCCGAUGGAAGUGGCUCCUCGACCAGAUCUUCCAAGAGGACUUCUCUGAAGACGAAGAGGUGGUGUUGCUGGCCACAGAGUACAUGCAGCAGGUGUCCCAGCUCAUCCGCUCCACACCCCGCAGGAUCCUCCACAAUUACCUGGUGUGGCGGGUGGUGGUGGUUCUGAGUGAGCAUCUAUCCCAGCCCUUCCGAACGGCACUGCACGACCUGUCCCGGGAGAUGGAGGGCAGCGACAAGCCCCAGGAGCUGGCCAGAGUCUGCCUGGGCCAGGCCAACCGACACUUCGGCAUGGCCCUCGGGGCCCUCUUUGUACACGAACACUUCUCAGCAGCAAGCAAAGCAAAGGUACAGCAGCUGGUGGAGGAUAUCAAACACAUUCUGGGCCAACGUCUGGACGAACUGGACUGGAUGGACAAGGAAACCAAGGCAGCAGCCAGAGCCAAGCUGCAGUACAUGAUGGUGAUGGUGGGGUACCCUGAUUUCCUGCUCAAGCCAGAAGCCAUUGACAAGGAGUAUGAGUUUGAGGUCCAUGAGAAGACCUAUUUUAAGAACAUCUUGAACAGCAUCCGCUUCAGCAUCCAGUUAUCAGUCAAGAAGAUCCGGCAGGAGGUGGAUAAGUCCGCGUGGCUGCUCCCCCCACAAGCUCUGAAUGCAUAUUAUCUUCCCAACAAGAACCAAAUGGUGUUCCCAGCUGGCAUCCUCCAACCUACUCUCUAUGACCCUGACUUCCCACAAUCUCUGAACUAUGGGGGUAUCGGCACUAUCAUUGGGCACGAGCUGACCCAUGGCUACGAUGACUGGGGUGGCCAGUACGACCGCUCAGGGAACCUGAUGCACUGGUGGACGGAGGCCUCCUACAGCCAGUUCCUUCGAAAGGCAGAAUGCAUUGUCAGCCUCUAUGACAACUUCACGGUCUACAACCAGCGGGUCAGUGGGAAGCACACGCUGGGGGAGAACAUUGCCGACAUGGGCGGCCUCAAGCUCGCCUAUUAUGCUUAUCAGAAGUGGGUUCGGGAACACGGCCCAGAGCAUCCCCUCUACCGACUCAAGUACACCCACGACCAGCUGUUCUUUAUCGCCUUCGCCCAGAACUGGUGCAUCAAGCGGCGGUCCCAGUCCAUCUACCUUCAGGUGCUGACUGACAAGCAUGCCCCAGAGCACUACAGGGUGCUGGGCAGUGUGUCCCAGUUUGAGGAGUUUGGCCGGGCCUUCCACUGCCCCAAGAACUCUCCCAUGAACCCAGCUCACAAGUGCUCCGUGUGGUGAGGCCUGGGUGCCACCCCCUUCCCCUGCCCUUAGCACUCCCUCCUGAUGGGCCAGCUGCCCCUCACAGGGCAAGGACGGGCCAUGGCGGGGCUCCAGAAGAAGGGGGGCUCCACUCCUCGAUGCUCCCCAUUCCGGAGAGGGAAGUUUGGGGACCACAAGGGAGAUUCCGUCCCAUUCCGGGCCUCGGGGCCGGGACAAGGCAUGCGCUUGACAGAAGAUGUCCAAGCUGGGGUGGGGGUGGUCGUGGGGAGAAUUCGGGGUGAGCCCCGUUGUGUGUCCCCCCAAAGCAGAAGGGGGCUGGGGGGCAGGGUCUUAGCAAGGACCGUAGAGGUGGAGGACCCGGGCCAGAGAGGGUGGGGAGGGGGUCAGGGGCACCAGCAGGCUGUGCUUGUACAUACAGAAUUCACUGUUGCCAUAUUCUUGCUGCUAAACCUCGUCAAUAAAGCAAUGUGCCAUCA